CCCUUCCGGAUUCACGUUACGCGAACGACGACUUUCUCCUUCACAACAGACUGAGAUAUUUUUUUUUUCUUCUCUUUUUCCACGAAUAGAGAAAUCUGCAGCUAGCAAUUGCUAAGAGAAGCCAAGCCAAGGGUUGCUAGGCUGAGUCGCUUGCAUUGGUGCACAAGGAAAGGCUCGUGGGGUCACUCAGUGCAAGAAGGGCGACGAUGAGUUUCCACGCUGACUGGAUGCCUUUCGCCCCACUCAUGGAUGAGGAAAUACCUAGCACAGGAGUCAGUGUCAAAGAAGAGCUCAGGGAAGAUAUUUCCGAGGAUACCUGCCUUGAAAUCAAGGAAGAGCAAUUUGAUUAUGCAGAUAAAAAAAGAGAUGAAGUGAGCGACGUGAAAGGGAGUCAUGAAUGUCUUGUUUUUCAUAAUCUUCAUGACCUAAGACAUGAAGCAAAUGAUGAAAAGGAUUCGUGUAACUUGGCUCAGAAUCAUGAUGACGUGUUAAGAGUGCCAUUAAUAGUGGAAGAUUAUGGGAACCAGUGUUCAUCAGAUCAGGCUAUGCACAUAGAAAGUCACACAGAGGAUAUAGAACCAAAAGUGGAAACGACUUGAAACGUCUUGUGUGUGAGAUGUGUGGCAAGAAAUUCUCCAGAAAGAGAUAUCUCACUAUUCACAUGAGAGUCCACACAAAGGAGAAGCCAUACAGUUGUGAGCUUUGCAAUAAGGCCUUCUCAAAGAAAUGUAAUCUAGUUAGCCAUAUAAGAGUACAUACAAAGGAGAAGCCAUACAGCUGUGAGAUUUGCAACAAGGCCUUCUCACAGAAAGCUAUCCUAGUGAUCCAUGUGAGAGUGCAUACAAAAGAAAAGCCAUACACCUGUGAGAUUUGCAACAAGGCUUUUUCACAGAAAUUUAAUCUAGUGAACCACACGAGAGUGCAUACAAAGGAGAAGCCAUACAGUUGCGAUAUUUGCAACAAAGCCUUCUCACAGAAAUCUACUCUAGUGAGCCAUAAGAGAGUACAUACAAAGGAGAAGCCAUACAGCUGUGAGGUUUGCAACAAGGCCUUUGCAUCCAAAUACGUUCUAGUAAAGCAUGUCAGAGUACAUACUCAAGAGAGGCCAUACAGCUGUGAAAUUUGCAACAAGACCUUCUCACAGAAAAAUAAUCUUGUGAAACACAAAAGGGUACAUACAAAGGAGAAACCAUACAGCUGUGAUAUUUGCAACAAGGCAUUCUCACAGAAAACGAGUCUGGUGAACCAUAUAAGAGUACAUGCAAUGGAGUAACCUUAGAGCUGUGUGAUAUGGAGGUGUUCUCAUAGGAAAAAGAAUCUGGUGAGGCUCGUGAGAGGACAUCCAAAUGAGAAUCUAAACAGUUGUAAGAUUUGCAGUAAGUAAUCUAUUGAGCCCUUGGAGAGUACAUAGAAAGGAGAAGCCAUACAGUCACCUAGUACAACCACUGAUCUAAAAAAAAAAAAAGACUGGAUCGAGCUUCCUAUUGUUUUCGCGGUAAGGUUUAUGAAGCCAAUUGGCUCUUAGCGGGCGCCAUGACACUGAGACCCAAUGUGCGGGAAAGUUAAAGGUAAACAUGCCAAACUCAUUAACACUACAUAGUGGUAAUGAUUCAAAUACCAAUAAUGUUUGGCACACGAUUUUCUUAUGAACUUUGUGCGAAGAUGUACUCGUACCAAAAGUUGUUUGAAAAUUUAAAUCCCCAGAGUAUCAAACGUUGAAUAAGAUUGUUCUGCUUUUUGGCACCAAAUGAAGUUCAAAAUCGCCUUAGGCCGCCUUCACCUUGAUAAAUUAUUUUCAAUUUAAACGAACAAAGUCAAAUUUCUCGGUUACGCUGAUUGUAGCUGCAAACGGAUUGCUGACGGACUAGUCUAGAAAUAUCUCUAGUUUAUCAUUUUUGUUAGAAAACAGCUGAAAACUGGUUUCUGGAUAGAAACUCCCCUUAAUUCAUGCAAAGCAGAGACUUUAUUGGGAAAUCUACAGCGAUUUUCCACUGCGCCCCAAGCCAUCCACUGAUUGUUUGGGUCUCGCUGUCAUGGCGCCGGAGUUUUCAAUAAUGCUUCACAACAAAGCACUGGUUGCUCGAUCCAGUCUUUUUUUUUUAGAUCAGUGAGUACAACACAUAGGAGUAUAUACACAGAAGAAGCCAUAUCUUUGCAAGGUUCAAAAUAAAGUCAUUUUGCAUAAGCAAAGCAUGGUGUACCACUUAGGAGUACGUAGAAAGAAAAAGCGAUGACUCACUAAUGAAUAAAUGCAGUGAAUCCUAUAUGCAAGUCAUUUGGUUAGGUCUAAUAUCUAUGAUCUCUAUGUAUGUUUAACUCAGAGAAGACAUCUAUUGUGGAACACACAACAGUAUGAAAUAGCAUGAUAGUUCAUCUAAAAGGAAUACAAUUCCUCUUCAUAGUAUCGGAGAGGAAUUUCCCAGAGUUUUAUAGAAUCUAUGCUGAUAUAUGCUGUACGUAUUAUACUUAAUGUAUAGUUUCUUCUCGUCCAUAAUAGACUUAUAUGCAUUAU